AUGGGCAUUUCUCCCACUGUGACAACGUGCAGCACGCCGAUCAUCAACUUUUCGAGCUAUUACCGUAAACGUGCGGCCUCUGUGGAGCUUUCUGAGGCCACAGCGUGGUUAGAGCACCUCCAGCUCGAUAUGUGCGCUGUCACCAGUGCCAGCGCCACAGGCACUAAAGUGCAGUAUGAGAUACAGGCGAGCUACUCGCCUCCCCGCUGCGGCAGCCGCUGCCAGGACCCGGAGCUGGUCUGGACGCCGGGCCAUAUGUGCCCUGCCGAGUGCAAGUGGCUCUAUGCUGUGGUGAAGAAUCAUUUUCCCAAACUCAAAUUGCUCUCUUCCAACUCGCCCCGAACGGUGGAGGCCAGGAGACAGGCACUCAUCCGCAUGCUUCGCACGUUGCAGGCCUCUCUGGUCAACCGCGGAAAUCAAGGCUGCAACGUGCUUGUCCAGAAUGUGUGCAGAGAGUUUGCAACUUUCAUCCUGGGUGACAAUGCCAAUCUGCCCGAUGUGGUCAUGGCGCUCAGUGGAUGCAGCUCCGACCAAAGCACGCGCGACUCGUCUGCGAGUUUUAUUUCCCAUUGCAGCGACAACGAAGACUAUUGUGAGGAAACCUCGCCGUUUGACGAUCUGUAUGCUUGCAGGAGCGGACGGGGAUACUGCAAGUCCGAGUCAGGACAGUGAACUUCACUGUGAAGGGGGUUCGUGACCAAGAAAUAACAGCGACAUCAAGAUCGCGCAACAAAAAGAAUUCAGCACAACACCCGUGCCAUUAGAGCACGAGUAGCUCAGCUAAGGGCUACCCCGGUCCACAUGAGACCGGCAACUUACACGAGGUGGACCCUACAGAAAAAAAAACACACCAGGGAAAGUCGCGGAAGCAACCCACCCAAAUGCAGGUGAGGGCUGAACAAGGCUGUAAAGCUGCGUGCUCUUGCGUGGGCAUUGCAAUGAACGUAGCAUCUGUAGAAUGGAAAAGUUACUAGUUUAAUCCAGAAUAAAGGGAGGUAAGUGCCUGCCAAAAA